AUGCCUCGUCCAUCAACUGCAUCGAAUAAAGGUGGAAAAGAUGAAUCCGUUCAAGUUGUUGUUCGAUGUCGACCGAUGAGCGAGAAAGAACAAGAUAGUGGCUGUGAAAGAGUUGUUGAUAUUGAUGGACAACGAAAACAAGUAACACUUCGACGUCCAAGAAAUGAAGGUUCACAACGAAUGAGCAGUAGUGGAGAAGAUGUGCAUAAUUUCUAUUUUGAUUAUGUUUACGAUUGGAAUUCAAAACAAAAAGAUGUCUAUGAACAAACUGCACGCGCACUGGUGGAUUUCGUGCUGGAAGGUUUUAAUGGUACUAUAUUUGCUUACGGCCAAACUGGAACAGGAAAAACAUUUACAAUGGAAGGUAUUCGUUCACAACCGGAUUUACGUGGUAUUAUUCCAUCAUCAUUUGCACAUAUAUUUGAUUCAAUAUCACGUAGUACUUCAAGACAAUUUCUUGUUCGAGCUUCCUAUUUAGAAAUAUAUAAUGAAAGUAUUCGUGAUUUACUAUCACGAGAUCAAAAUAAACGUUUACAAUUACAAGAACAUCCAAAAGAAGGUGUACAUGUUCAUGAUCUAAGUUCAUUUAUUACGAAAAACUCUCCAGAAAUCGAACAUGUUAUGACAACAGGAAAUUUAAAUCGAUCAACAGGAGCAACAAAUAUGAAUGAACAUAGUUCACGAUCACAUGCUAUUUUUGUAAUUACUGUUGAAAGCAGUGAGAUUGGUGCUGAUGGAAAACCGCAUAUUCGCGUUGGAAAAUUAAAUCUUGUCGAUUUAGCUGGUAGUGAACGGCAAGCUAAAACAGGAUCAACUGGUGAUCGUUUUAAAGAAGCAACAAAUAUUAAUCUAUCACUUUCUGUACUUGGUAAUGUUAUAUCUGCACUUGUCGAUGGUAAUUCACAUGUUCCUUAUCGUGAUUCAAAAUUAACUCGAUUAUUACAAAAUUCACUCGGUGGUAAUUCAAAAACUAUUAUGAUAGCUACAGUUGGACCAGCGAAUUACAAUUACGAAGAAUCUCUUACUACACUUCGUUAUGCAAAUCGAGCGAAAAAUAUCAAGAAUCAACCGCGUAUUAAUGAAGAUCCCAAAGAUGCUCUACUACGAAAAUUCCAAGAAGAAAUUGCUCGAUUAAAAGAUCGACUGGAAAAUAAAGGUAAAGGUGGUCGAAAGUCCCGUCGGCAUAAAAAUCGCGAUGGCACUGAAAUGGACAAUGAAGCUUCUGAUCAAGACGAUGAAGAACUAUUUCUUAAAGAACAACAAGAUAAAUUAAACGAGGACAAACGAACAAUUAUGCAUAAGAAGAAUAUCAAUGAAACUGAACGUGAAGCAAUGCUUCGACAACUCGAAGAACAAAAGAAAGAAAUCGAACGUGAACAAGACGAUCGUCGUAAAAUGCAACAUAAAAUUCUAGAAAUGGAAUCGAAACUGAUUACUGGUGGUAAAGAUAUCAUCACACAUACGAGUGAACAAGAACAAAGUCUACGACAAAAACGACGUCAAAUAGCUGAAGUAGAACGUCGUAAUCGUGAAGCGCAACAACAAUUACAACAACGCGAAGAAGAACGACAGUCAAUGAAUGAAACGUAUACAAGUAUAAAAGAAGAAGUUGAAGAUAAACGUGCUAAACGAGAUAAAUUAUCGAAAUCACUUAAAAAACUGGAUGCGAAAAAACAAGAUAUUAUUGAAAAACAUCGAUCAGCACGAGAAGAGCUCGAAGCUGAACAACGUGAAAUUCAAAAGCAAUCGAAAUUAUUUCAACUUAUUAUUGAAAAUUUUAUUCCGGUUGAUGAACGUGAACGAUUAUUAAAACGAAUUCAAUUUGAUGAACAACAAAAUUGUUUUACUCUGAAAGAAUUAUCAAAACAAGCAGAUCAAAUGGCCUCUCGACCAUUAUCAGCCAAUGGUGAUCGUCGUUCAGCAUCUGUAUAUGCUCAAGGAACUACGAUUCCUGAAAUAGCUCGUUUUAAAGAUGAAAAUGUGAUUUUACUUCAACUUGAUUUUCCAAGUCGAACAACCCGUGAUUAUGAAGGUCCCAUGGUUUCACCAAUGAUACAAGCAGCUAUUGAAAAUGCUAUGAAAGAUGAAGAACAUAUUGAAUUAGAUGCCAAUACGAUCCUAUCGAAAAAAGGCACAAAGAAAAAAAAAUCAAAUCCAAAUAAUGGUGGCUAUGGAGAUAUCCAAACUGGCCGUGGUAUGAAUAGUGCUCGUCGAUAA